AGAAUGAAAUGAUAACAAUAAAAUUAUUUUUAUAGCCAGGAAAGAUGAUGUCUGAGUUGGCAGCCACGGCUUUUGUGGCCUUAUCACUAAGAUCGAUUAUCUCACUGAACUCCUAUUCCGGAAAUAACAAGCCGCCGAUGUUCGGUGAUUAUGAAGCUCAGCGCCACUGGCAGGAAGUGACAGUGAAUUUGGAGGCAAAACAUUGGUACACGAAUGGCACAGAUAACGACCUGCAAUAUUGGGGGCUGGAUUAUCCGCCUCUUACAGCAUAUCACAGCUACCUUAUGGGCCAUGUAGCCAAAUCACAUAACUCCAGUUUUGUGGAAUUACACACUAGCCGAGGCAUCGAAACAAAGGAGCACAAGAGUUUUAUGCGCCUCACGGUUUUGGCAGCAGAUUCAUUUGUUUAUUUUCCAGCAAUUUGGGCAUUAUGCGUUGGCUUAGAUCGUGCUUUUCAGAGCAAUGUGAAGCAACUCUUGUUGUUGCUACUCGCCUUUUAUCCAGGACAAGUGCUGAUCGACAACGGACAUUUCCAGUAUAACAACAUUUCCCUUGGAUUGGCAGCUGCUGCGAUUGCUGCCGUGCUCUGGAAUAAACAUUAUUCUGCCGCCUUUGCCUUCACAUUGGCUCUGAACUAUAAACAAAUGGAAUUGUAUCACGCUUUGCCAUUCUUUUCAUAUCUUCUCGCUACAACUUUAUCACAAAAAAGCCUUAAAUCAUUUGCAAUUCAGUUAACAACAAUAGCUAGCAUUGUAUUAACAGUAUUUGCAAUAUUAUGGUUACCUUGGUUGCAUUCACUGGACGCAGCUUCCCAAGUUAUACAUCGACUGUUUCCACUUGGACGCGGUGUUUUUGAAGAUAAAGUUGCCAAUGUUUGGUGCAGCAUUAAUGUUAUAUUUAAAUUAAAAAAACAUUUCCUGAAUCAUCAGAUGGCUUUAAUCUGUCUGGGAUCCACUUUAUUAGCUGUGCUUCCCACUAAUAUCAUACUCUUUUGGCGACGCAGCAAAUAUAUGUUCCUGUUAACAUUAUUUAAUACAUCAGCAGCGUUUUUCCUAUUCUCAUUUCAAGUUCAUGAGAAGUCGAUUUUGCUGAUUGCCUUGCCAGCUAUUUGCUUAUUUAACUGGUGGCCUAAAGAGAUGCUUUGGUUUCUGGAAGUCUCUGUAUUUAGCAUGAUUCCACUAUUAAAACGGGAUCAAUUAUUGGUUUCUACUGUGGCAGCAACUUUUAUUUUUCAUUUAAUCUUUAAAUGCGAUUACUUAAAAACUAAACAGCAAAUUCUGUAUGAAAAUAAUCUGCUAGAUUCGGUUAUUGUAAUAUCAGAAAUUUUAAUGAUUUCCAUUUUAAUUGGCUUUCUAACAAUUGAACCAACUCCCAAGUACCCAGACAUUUGGCCUUUAAUAAUUUCCGUUGUAAGCUGUGCACAUAUUUUCCUGUUUCUAGUUUGGGGAUAUGUAAAACAGUUUAGCAAAAGUGAUUUUUAGUUUAGAGAAAUUUGUUCAAUAAAAAUAUAUGUCUGAAAACCAAA